UCAUGGGUUAAAGUCUAAAGCUUAUAUUCCCUGUAGCUAGAAGCCACGAUUAUUAGUUCACUAUCAACUGCAAGACACCAGAUAGCUGCUUGGGUGUACUUACAAAAACUCUUUCAAGGAAUAAAUCAAGUAUGGCUUUGGCCACAAGAACUUACGUACAGUUUGGAGGAACUUUUUUGUCUUUCACUGGAUGGAUUCUGUCCUGUGUGACUACAUAUGUGCCUCUCUGGAAAAACUUGAAUCUAGAUUUAAAUGAAUUAGAGAACUGGACUAUGGGACUCUGGCAGACCUGCGUUGUUCAAGAGGAAGGAGGAAUGCAAUGCAAGGACUUUGAUUCUUUCCUGGCUCUUUCAUCGGAGCUCAGGAUUUCAAGGAUUUUAAUGUUCAUAUCCAAUGGUUCUGGGAUGCUUGGACUUGUCAUCUCCAGCCCUGGUUUAGAAUGUGUGAAAUUUGGGGCAGGAAAUCAGGAGCUGAAGACUCGACUCCUACUUCUAGGAGGCAUCAUGCUUUGGACUUCAGGACUAAGUGCUUUAGUUCCAGUCUCCUGGGUGGCUUAUGACACUGUUCAGGAGUUUUGGGAUGAGUCUAUCCCAGACAUUGUUCCAAGAUGGGAGUUUGGUGAAGCUCUCUUUAUGGGUUGGUUUGGAGGUUUUUUCCUCAUUCUUGGUGGAUCUCUCCUUGCUUUCUCCUACUGCUUCACAUCUUCUGACUCAACAUCUAUAUCCUACAAGCCUACCAAGCAGCAAGAACAAUGUUUAUCAGUAAACUUCAAAUAUCCAGAUCUCACUAUAUGACAUUUAAGCGUAGCUGUGGAUCUUAAACCAUGUAGAUGUGGGUCUCUGAAUUUGAGUUUUUUUAAUGUUUCAUUUUCUACUUUUUUCAGUUGACUAUUAUUGUGUUUUGACUCUAAUAGGCAAUGGCAUUGCUAGCCAUUCAUUAAGAUUUGGCUAUAUGCAAGUCAGUCAUACCAGUAUUAUCACAAUUUUUUAGAGAAUAACACAGUGUUGGAUGUUGGGUCUUCAGAAAGGGUCCAGCAACCUAGUAAAAUGUGCACUGGAGCCAGGAUAUAUGAGACAAA